CAAUGUCAAUCAGGAUAUUCCUGAUUUGUGGUGGUACUCGCCAGAAACGCUUGCAUUUCACACAAGAAACCUAAUGCCAGCAACAUAUCGACGGAGGAAUCCUUGAUGCUUGUAUCCUCAAUGUUUCUAUUUACUUCCCGCCCUUUUGAGUCCCCUGCUGGUCCUAGCUUCGGUUCUCACGCUCUCCGGUCCAGGCGUGAGUCGGCAGACUGCGAAACCGCUCAGGCUGUCUUACCUCCCUAGGUACAUCACUAGCCUGGAACAUAGCCGCAUAUUCCAACCACUGCUUUCAUACAUAGCUUCGGAGGACGCCAAAGCACCAACGGCUGACACGAUCCUUUGACGCCGCCCAAAAAAAAAACACCAAGAUUAAUCAUGUGAUCCAUUUACAGCUGCGGCUGAGCUCAAAACCAGAAAAUGUACAUGGACUGGGAGUGCAAGUGAUGAGUGCCAACACAACCACUCCCCUAUUCUAACAACAUAUCUUAGCCAGGCAGCGCCUAUAAUCUUCGUGUUCCAUCCCCGCAGUCCCCUUCAAUAAAUCCCCUGUACGGAAUGCCUCGUCACUGGCGUCUGCCAGGAUUAGCCCGCUCGAGGCUUCUAUCACGGCAGCAAGCCGUACAGCAGGCCCCGGUGUUGGACGCGCCACGCCCACGAGUGGAGCCGCCGCCGGGAGAGCGCGCCGGGUUCGAGAAACCGGUCACGUCUGGGUGGGACGUUCGGGUGCCGCUCGGCCCCGCGCUUGACCGCCUCCUCUCUGGCUUCCAGCCGGAAUCGAUGCACGACAAGUGGAUGGUCUGGGCCGAGGACGGCAAUGUCUCGCCGCCCAGCCCUAUUGGCAACAGAGAAGGCCUCGUUUCCGUGUCCGUCCUUCAUUUUGUUCGGAGCCGGACCGGCUACCCCUUCGCUCAGGUGACCAUCGAGACCAAGAACGUGGGGGAGGGUGCAAGAUUCACCAAGAUCGUCUGGGAAUCGAGCGAGAAGAGAGUUAGCAACCAGACUGAGGAGAGUACCAAGGAUACGGUGCUCCAAGUCUGUGUGCAUGUCCUUGGGGUGGAGUGGCGAGAUACGGGGAGCACGUGAGCCAACAGUCGUGUUGGCGGUUACGCCAUACGGUAGUAUUUAUAUUUCGAUAGUUCCAGCCUUGCACGCGAGGCUCGCCGAAAAUAUUGCAGACAGCGCCAGCCACAUAGCAAAAGACACAACUCAAAAGGAGCCAGCAGCACUUGGCCUAUAAAUCACCAGCAAAAAGACUCGGGGGCCGUCAGAACAGCGAUGCAACACACCAUGACCGAGGUACACAUGCAAACCAAGCCGGUACAUGCGUAUCGUAUGCCUUGGCUCAAAAGAACCCUUGUGUGCUACUAAAAGACCGAGGGCAGACACCCCCGUCAAAACAGUGUGUGUGGGAAACCAAACUGCCGCCGGAUGGUGUGCUGCGAGGACGGCAGAGAA